AUGAACUCGCUCAGAGCCAAGCUGGCCCCCCUCGGCCCUCUCCUCCGGCGCUCCAUUGUGGACAUGUCCUACUCACACCACUUUGUGGAUUUCCAAGGCUCUGCUAUACCCACCGCCAUGAAAAAGCUGCUGGUCACCCAGCUCAGCCCUGACUUCAGGAAGGCGGUCACUUUAAUGCCCAGUGUGCCUGUGCCAGUCCCAGGGGAUGGAGAUCUCCUCAUCAGGAACCGAUACGUUGGCAUCAAUGCAUCAGACAUCAACUUUUCAUCUGGAAGAUAUGAUGCCUCAGUGAAGCCUCCAUUCGAUAUUGGUUUUGAAGGCAUUGGAGAGGUUGUAGCAUUGGGACUGAGUGCUAGUAAAAACUUUGCAGUUGGCCAGCCAGUUGCUUAUGUCCAAAGUGGCUCCUUUGCCGAGUAUACAGUUGUGCCAGCUCAAGUGGCUAUUCCAGUUCCUUCACUAACACCUGAAUUCCUAACUGUUCUCAUCAGUGGCACUACAGCGUACAUCAGUCUUAAAGAGUUUGGGGAUCUGAGCAAAGGAAAGAGAGUUUUGGUGACAGCUGCUGCUGGUGGAACAGGACAGUUUGCUGUGCAGCUUGCAAAAAAUGCAAACUGCUAUGUUAUAGGGACAUGUUCUUCUGAUGAAAAAGCAGGGUUCUUAAAAUCUAUUGGCUGUGAUCUCCCAAUCAAUUAUAAGGCAGAAAAUGUUGCUUCCGUCAUAAAGGAAAAAUUUCCAGAAGGAGUAGAUGUUGUGUACGAGUCUGUUGGUGGGGAAAUGUUUGAUUUGUCUGUAAAAUGUCUGGCCACCAAAGGUCACCUUAUAAUAAUAGGCUUUAUCUCAGGGUAUAAAACCCCUCUAGGUAUUUUGCCUGUUAAAGAAGCAGCCCUGCCUGCAGUAUUACUAAAAAAAUCUGCUAGCAUCCAUGGCUUUUUCUUGACCCAUUAUAUGUCUGAGUACAAGGAGGCCAUUAUGUCUUUGGUGAAAUUGCACCGAAGUGGGAAGCUAGUUUGUGAAGUGGACAAUGGAGAACUAUCUCCAGAAGGCAAGUUUACUGGCUUGGAGUCUGUUUUCCGUGCUGUAGAUUAUCUGUACACAGGGAAAAACAUUGGGAAAAUUGUAGUUGAAUUACCUCACCUUGUCAACAGCAAGCUGUAA